AUUGAGAGUAAUAUCGUUAUUCAUUAUACAAUAAAGGAGUUACAUUUUUGUAAGACAUAGUAAUAGCUAAUUAUGAAUAAUUACUCCGACAGCCCACACACCACCAUAAAAUAUCAAAUUCCCCACAUUCACAUUCACUUUCCAACCUCCACUCUCUAUUUCUGUGUAAAUCAAAGUCUUGCUCCAAUUCCAUUAACUAAAUUCUUAACCAUCUAUCAGAAUUCAGAAAUGAGCAAAAUUUGCAUAUCAAACUGUGUAAACGACGCAAGAAUUCCUGUGAGGGCCACCUAUGUCAACCUCUACAAGUGGCCUGAAUCUGAUGCCGAGUUUGUGAAGUCAGUGGGGGCCAACGACGUGCAUGGCGGAUCACGGUUGCGCUCCAGGGUGGUGGAUAGCAUCUCAUGCAGGCAAUUGUAUCUCAGGAGCUAUACAUUUUCCAGAAAAGAGACAGUGCCGGAGAGGACCAAGAAGUGUUUCGGAAGGGUCAAAGAGAGGGUGUCUGGAAGAGGGAAGAAGCGAAAAGUCCGGCCACGGAGGCGAAGGCGGAAUCGCCGCCGCCUGGUGGUGAGGAAAGUGAAGGAAUUAUCAUGCGCUGCACUGUGCGCCAUUUUCCGGAGGUUGCAAUCUUGCACUGCUACUGUGGAUGUUGUGGAUCACAAUGUUUAAAGUAUGCUAUAUUUUUACUUUAAUUUCUGGUACUUUACUGUUUUUCUACUUAAUUUGUUAUGGAUUGAUGUGGCUCUCUCAUUAAAUUUGUAUGAAA